GCGCAGUGCUGCAGCAGUAUCCCUCUCAAUGAAGCCUUCUCAGGUCUGUCUGCCUGACUAACUAGUGCUGCAGCGGAGGAGAGAGACAGAGAAGAGAGGGAGACGGGACACACGCGCUCACUCCAGUGCUGCAGGACUGCAUGAGAGGAACAGAGAUCAUAUCCACACCAGCAUCCAUCACCGGAGCUACAGAGCCAUCUCAGCCCGUCACGGCGCUCGCCGGCUGUUCACGGCACUAUGGCACAAGCCGCCAAACAUCUGCGCAAGAAUAAGGAUUUAGAGGCUCUCGCCGAACAAGAGAGGAAGGAGAAAGAGGAGGAGAAGGCGAAGAAAAGGAGCCGCUCGCGGGAUAAAAAGCGCAAGGCCCACGUCGUUCAUCGCUGGCUAAUCGAUCAGGACAAUAGUGUGAGCUCUGAGCUGCCGGAUGGCCAGGGAGUGUGGCACUAUGAUGAAACAGACGCUACCACCAGUUUCCUCCGUGCAGCUCGCUCAGGUAAUCUGGAAAAGGCUCUAGACCACAUCAAGAAUGGUGUCGACAUCAACACAGCCAAUCAGAAUGGACUCAAUGGGCUGCACUUGGCCUCGAAAGAAGGCCAUGUUAAAAUGGUGCUGGAACUACUGCACCAUGGUAUUGUACUUGAGACGACCACAAAGAAAGGAAAUACUGCUCUUCAUAUAGCUGCAUUAGCUGGACAGGAACAGGUGGUCACGGAGCUGGUGAACUAUGGAGCCAAUGUCAAUGCUCAGUCUCAGAAGGGCUUCACUCCACUCUACAUGGCUGCACAAGAGAAUCACCUCGAGGUUGUGAAGUUUCUCCUGGAUAAUGGAGCCAAUCAGACCAUUCCAACUGAGGAUGGCUUUACCCCUCUUGCUGUGGCUCUUCAGCAGGGCCAUGAGAAUGUGGUGGCCCUGCUCAUCAACCACGGUACUAAGGGCAAGGUCCGCCUUCCCGCACUGCAUAUCGCUGCCCGAAACGAUGACACCCGCACUGCCGCUGUGCUUUUACAGAAUGACCCCAAUCCUGAUGUCUUAAGCAAGACAGGCUUCACACCCCUCCAUAUCGCAGCACACUAUGAAAACCUGAAUGUUGCCCAGCUGCUUUUAAACCGAGGAGCUGAUGUGAACUUCACACCCAAGAAUGGGAUCACACCUCUGCAUAUUGCAUCCAGGAGAGGAAAUGUUAUCAUGGUCAGACUUCUGCUAGACCGAGGAGCAAAGAUUGACGCUAAGACAAAAGAUGAGUUGACUCCUCUUCACUGUGCUGCCAGGAAUGGCCAUGUGAGAAUAAUCGAGAUCCUUCUGGACCAAGGAGCCCCAAUACAGGCCAAGACCAAAAAUGGCCUGUCGCCAAUACAUAUGGCAGCCCAGGGCGAUCAUUUGGACUGUAUCAGACAGCUAUUACAGUACAAUGCAGAGAUUGAUGACAUCACUCUAGACCACCUGACACCACUGCAUGUGGCAGCACACUGUGGACAUCAUCGCGUGGCCAAGGUGCUCCUGGACAAAGGAGCCAAACCAAACACCCGUGCUCUGAAUGGCUUCACGCCACUCCAUAUUGCCUGUAAGAAGAACCAUGUGCGUGUAAUGGACCUACUAUUAAAGCAUUCGGCGUCCCUGGAGGCUGUAACAGAGUCAGGGUUGUCCCCACUGCAUGUGUCUUCCUUUAUGGGUCACCUGAAUAUAGUGAAGAUACUGAUGCAAAAAGGAGCUUCACCACAUGCCUCAAACGUGAAAGUGGAAACGCCUCUGCACAUGGCAUCUCGAGCUGGUCACUGUGAAGUUGCUGAGUUCCUGUUGCAAAAUGCAGCUCCAGUGGACGCCAAAGCCAAGGAUGACCAGACGCCGCUACACUGUGCAGCCCGCAUGGGCCACAACGAGAUGGUGAAGCUGCUGUUGGAGCACAAAGCAAACCCCAACUCCACCACAACAGCAGGACACACUCCACUGCACAUCGCCUCCCGUGAGGGACACACACAAACUGCCAGCAUCCUCCUCGACAUGAACGCCCAGCUAACCAAAAUGACCAAGAAAGGCUUCACUCCUCUUCAUGUGGCAGCCAAAUACGGGAAGGUGGACGUGGCAGUGCUGCUUUUAGAGAGAGGAGCCAAUCCAAAUGCUGCAGGCAAAGUUGGACUCACACCGUUGCAUGUGGCCGUCCAUCAUAACAACCUAGAUGUGGUCAAUCUUUUGCUCAGCAAAGGGGGAUCGCCACACAGUGCCGCUCGAAAUGGCUAUACUCCGCUCCAUAUUGCUUCCAAACAGAACCAGGUGGAGGUAGCGAGCAGUUUACUGCAGCAUGGAGCUUCUGCCAAUGCUGAGUCACUGCAAGGGGUCACACCUUUACACCUAGCCUCCCAAGAGGGCCAACCAGACAUGGUGUUGCUGCUUAUCUCAAAGCAGGCCAAUGUAAAUCUGGGCAAUAAGAGCGGUCUGACCCCUCUUCACCUUGUGGCUCAGGAGGGGCAUGUUGGGAUUGCUGAUAUACUAGUGAAACAUGGGGCGUCCGUCUACGCUGCCACACGGAUGGGUUACACUCCCCUUCAUGUGGCUUGUCAUUACGGCAAUAUCAAGAUGGUCAAGUUCCUCUUACAGCAACAGGCCAACGUAAACAGCAAGACCAGGAUGGGGUAUAUGCCGCUACAUCAGGCUGCUCAGCAGGGCCAUACGGACAUCGUGACGCUUCUCCUGAAACAUGGCGCACAACCAAAUGAAAUUACAUCUAAUGGCACAUCAGCUCUUGCCAUUGCAAAGCGCCUUGGAUACAUCUCAGUCAUCGACGUGCUCAAACUAGUCACCGAAGAGACACUUACCAUGACCACCACAGAAAAACAUCGCAUGAGUUUCCCAGAGACAGUUGAUGAGAUUUUGGAUGUGUCUGAAGAUGAAGGAAUUGCACAGCUAACGUUAGGCGAGGAGCUGCUGGGGAACGAGGGUGCCAGGUAUUUGAAGAUGGAGGACAUAAAGGACCAUGAUGAGGAUUUCCUUUCCCCCAAGAAAGUUCUAGAGAAUCAUUCCCCUGCUAUUCCAAGGAUCCCAUGUGUGUCUCCCGAAACAGUCAUGCUGAAAGAGCAGGAUAUUGAGCAGCAGCAGACCCCACUUCCUUUGGCCAAGGAGUACGAUGAGGAUUCCCUGAUCCCCAGCAGUCCGGCCACAGAGACGUCAGACAAUGUCAGUCCGGUAGCAAGUCCCAUCCACACCGGUUUCUUGGUUAGCUUCAUGGUGGACGCUCGUGGCGGCUCAAUGAGAGGAAGCAGACACAAUGGCCUGCGUGUCAUCAUACCUCCUCGCACCUGUGCUGCUCCAACACGCAUCACCUGCCGCCUGGUGAAGCCUCAGAAACUCGCUACACCACCUCCUUUGGUGGAGGGUGAGGGUCUUGCCAGCCGGAUCAUCUCUCUUGGUCCAGCCAGCAUGCAGUUUUUGGGGCCUGUGAUUGUUGAGAUUCCCCAUUUUGCGGCUCUCGGUCGGGGAGAUCGUGAACUUGUGGUCUUGAGGAGUGAGAACGGAUCAGUCUGGAAAGAACAUCGUAAUCGUUAUGGUGACGAGGUCCUGGAGACCAUCCUCAAUGGCAUGGAUGAAGACCUUGAGAGUCAGGAGGAACUCGGGAAGAAAAGGAUCAGGCGGAUCAUCUCGACCGACUUCCCGCUCUACUUUGCCGUGGUGUCCCGUAUCCAGCAGGAGAAUGAUCUGAUUGGCCCAGAAGGCGGUUCUCUCACCAGUAAGCUGGUGCCAUUGGCCCAGGCCAGUUUUCCCGAGACAGCCGUCACCAAGCGUGUCCGUCUUGGACUGCAGGCCCAGCCGGUCCCCGAUGAGCUGGUGGCCAAACUUCUGGGGAACCAAGCCACGUUCAGCCCUGUGGUGACCGUAGAGCCUCGGCGGCGCAAGUUUCACCGUCCCAUUGGCCUGAGGAUCCCGCUGCCUCCCUCCUGGAGGGAUAGUCCACGGGACGCCGGCGAGGGCGACACCACCAGCCUCCGCCUGCUCUGCAGUGUCAUCGGUGGCACAGCUCCUGCCCAGUGGGAAGAUAUAACUGGCACCACCAAACUUAUAUAUGCCAAUGAUUGUGCCAGUUUCACCACCAAUGUCUCUGCCCGUUUCUGGCUGGCAGACUGUCCUCGGACUGCAGAGGCCGUGUCAUUUGCCAACCUUCUGUACCGCGAGCUGUCAGCCGUGCCGUACAUGGCCAAGUUUGUCGUUUUUGCAAAGAUGAAUGAAGCCAGAGAGGGUCGUCUCCGUUGUUAUUGCAUGACUGAUGACAAAAUGGACAAAACCCUGGAGCAGCACGAGAACUUUUCUGAAGUGGCUCGUAGCAGAGACAUUGAGGUGAUGGAGGGCAUGCCGCUGUAUUUGGAGUGUUCAGGAAACUUGGUUCCCAUAAGGAAGGCUGCCCAGCAGCCUCGCUGUUUCAGCUUCCAAGCCUUCAGAGACAACAGACUGCCUGUGUCUGUCAAGGUGAGGGACAGCAGUAAAGACCCCUCUGGCUUUUUGUCUUUCUUGCGCAAAUCAACCAAAUACGAAGAUAGUCAACAUGUGUUGUGCAACCUCAACGUUACCAUGCCACCAUGCAUUAAGAUCAUAGGAAGCGAUGAGCGAAGGAGGACUCUGACACCUUUGGCUCUGAGAGAAAGAUACAGUGCUCUGAAUGAACCAGCCAUGGCAUCACUGAGCGCCAUGGAAAGGACGGAGUUAAAGAUGGCUUUAAUAGCUGAACAGCUAGGCCUGAGCUGGGCUGAGUUGGGACGUGAACUGCAGUUUAAUGUAGAUGAAAUAAAUAAGAUCCGUGUGGAGAAUCCCAACUCCCUUUUAGAGCAGAGCUCAACACUGCUCAACCUGUGGGCUGCUCGAGAGGGGAAGAGAGCCAAAAUGGACAGCCUGUACGUGGCCCUCAAGAGUAUUGACCGAAUGGACAUUGUGAACAUGCUGGAGGGCCAGGGACCACCAACAGGUCAGCAGGGGGGCUGGGAGCAAGAGGCUUCCAUGUCUAGGCAUCAUGACAGAGACCAUCUAUCUCCUGGCAUUACAAAUGGUUACGGGCUGGUGGUACAGGAGGAACUAGUCUCACCGGCCUCCAUGCAGUACAGUCUACCUUCGCCACUGGGCAAUGAGCCCUACUGGCAAGAAGUAUCAAGCAUGGAGUGUGCACCCAUCGCUACCACUGAAGAGGACACACUCAUGGAGAUGUCUGAGGUACAGGUUUGGCCCUCAGGCAAUAGUCCUUCCAUUGUGGCCGUAGAGGACUCCUCACUGGAGUGCAGCAAUGCUGAUGACUCCGAGGCGCUACUGAACAGGAGCCUGGGCAACUCCAGGAGCGGGACUCCCGGUGGAAAUGGACCAGUGGGACUUGCUGCUCAGGGAGGGUUAAGUGGUUCCAUCGAGCUACUUGAGGAUCAAUCCAUUGGGGCGGAUUCAGAUUACAGUGCCGCUGGGAUGCUGUGUCUGAGUGAAGGGGUCAACAUCAAUGCUCUGGACAGAGGUCAGGGGUUGGAGAGGUCAGAAGGAGCUGUUGGUCAAGAAGUCAGCAACAUUAAAGACAGUUCCAGUGGAGGGUUGGGAGAAGGAGGAGGUGACGGCACAAACUUAGAAGAUAGCAUAUCUCUCAUUUCAGGGCAACAGCGAGUUUAUGCUCGAAUGAGUGAGUCACCUCAACUAAGAAGACGGGCAGAUCCUGGGGAUGACAGGUUAUGUGGUGGGUCCUUCCUGUCUUACCUACAGGAUCAGGGGUCUCCCGGUUGGCUCUCGACCCCAGAACCAACUCAGAACAGAGUGGGGUCUCUACAAUGCUCCCUUCCUAGACAGGCAAUAGAGUCUGUGAUGUCAUCAGUGCGAGCCGCAGUGGACUGUGAUUCCAAGCAGUCUUGCCUGGCCCAGGAAGCCCUGAUCGAGCCAGUGCGGGACAUAGGGCAUUCUGAGAUCAUCCACGGGCAUUAUCAGGGAACUCAGCCUUUUGAGAAGGGACUAGGCUUCCCGCACAGAACAGCUAACAUUCGGGCUUGGGAGGACAUGCGUCUAAGAGGACAGGGUGAUGAGGCAGACGAUCUUCCAGGAGAGCAAGUGAGCGAGGAGCAAUUUACAGAUGAGCAUGGCAACAUCGUCACCAAAAAGGUUGUGAGGAAGGUGGUCCGGAGAGGAAAAGGGGAUGAAGGGGUUCAGGAGCUCAUCAUAGAAGGGCUUCCGCAGGAUAUCAGUGAGCCAGACGUUGAUGGAGAACAGUACAUGAGCUAUGCCGUCCUGGGACGGGACAGCAAGCCGGAUGUUGUGGAUGUGAAGAGGGGAGGUGCUCAGAUAGUGAAAUGUGCGACUCUGCGGAGAGUAAAGCAGUGAGUGUGACUCGCUCCUCCCUGCAGGACUUGACACCUAGACCCAACCCAUCCUUCACUGACACAUGAUGGGCGUCAAAUAAAGAAGAAAACAGAACUAGAGCGCUGGUGAUAGGCAAUGGAUGUCAGCUACGAAAAGAGAUUUUAGGACUUUUUUUAAACAAGCAAAACAAACACUAGAGGCUAGAGGCAUGAUUUCUUAUAAAAUGAAACCAAACAAUGAAAAAAAGCAAGCAUUUGAGAAGUGCUUUCUGUAAUCUCAAUAUCAGCAUGUGAAAGUGCUGUCGCAUGGCCUGCCUUUACAUACAGCACUGACUGCAAGCAAUUAUGAGGUGAGAAAAUAUUGUCAUACCGCAAGGGCUGAAAAAUGGUGCGGGGAAGGACUUUGGCCAACUGGAAGUAUAUGCUUAAGGUCGUGGUUUGGGGGGGCAAGUGGGACACAAAAGCUAGUUUUAGUCCAAUCCAGCAAGAGUUUCCUGAAAUUUAGUCUUCCAACUGAGUCCAGAACACACUUCUACUGAGGAGGAGUCUGACCCUCUUGUACUGAUAUUAUAUACCUAAUAUGCACUCAAAUAUGAUGUGAAUGUACUCUCUGUGUGCGUGUGUUCCUUUUCACAGCCAAAAAAAAUGAACAACCUAUGCGAUGAUUAUGCUGCUGUCUCAAUACUUGCUCCUGAAGUCUUGUUCAGUCCAAUAGUACAUGUCUUGUGUAUUGUAAAGGUAUAAUUGUGUAGCAAAUGAGCUGUGAAGUCCUGAGAUAUACUAGGCUCAAGGGUCACAAUUUGUGCAGUUUAAAUGUUUUUCAGUGGGAUACAGUACAUUGGACAUCUUUAAAAUCACUGUGGGGCUCUAUAUGGACACGUUUGCAGAUUAUUUUUUUGUUUUGUAUACAUAGCUUACCUCUGUGUCAUAUGAACCCUGAGCUUCCUCUUAAUAACAUGAUAUGCACAGAGGAACGUAAGCAUUAUAUUGACAUUCACAUUAUCCACCGUAAACAUUUGCUUCAUUUCAAAUAACCGCUAGUAGGACGAUUUCCUUCUGUAUUCUUGUGAGCAAAAAAAAGCAAUAAAAAGUGUUCAUUAGUUUAAUACGAAUAGUUAAACGUCUAACCUUUCAGUGAAGUAAAAUUAUUCAAAGAUAAAAUAUAAAGGCUAUCAAUAGAUGAUUUGCAAUUAAUCUUGUAAUUUAUUUUGUAGGUAACAGUUAACAGUAACAGUAAACCAAGACAAAAACAACCCAAGUUGUGCUGGGUUAAAAACAACCCUCUUUUGGGUUCAUUUUAGGCAAGCAAUAUAGUAAUUUUUAAUCAAUUUAAUCAAACAUUUAACCCAACCGCUGGGUUUGUCCAUUUUCAACCCAACUUGGGUUGUUUUUAACACACAGCACUUUUUAGGGUGUACAUUAGUUAACAUGAACUAACAAUGAAAACUACUUUUAAUGCAUUUAUUAAUCUUAGUUAAUGUUCAUUUCAACAUUAUUAAAAUCAAAAGUUAAUAUUAUUUAAUGGGUCUGGGCUGACAUGACCUAACAAUGAACAUAUAUUAACAGAGAUUAAUAAAUACUUUAACAAAUAUAUUGCUCAUUGUUAGUUAAUGCAAGUUAUUGUAAAGUGUUACCAGAUGUUGAAUCGAUGCCUUCUCACUAUAGAAAGGCCUACUUGUAGAGAAAUCUUAAGGAAAAACACUACAACUGAAUGAAACCAUUUCAACAUAUUUAAUGGCAUUAAACAAUAACAUUGGCAGCCCAAAAAUCAAUAUCAUUUUCAUCUAGACAUGUCACAAUUAUUGGCAUCCCUGCAAUUAUCACAGUUCCAGUGAUUUCCAUUCAGUCUUCAUCAAUCCUUCCUCUUAUAUAAUAUUUAAACCCUUAUAUCCCAUAUCCAUUUAUAACUUAAGUCCAAAGUAUACUUUUAUGUGUAAAUAUGUGUGUAUGCACACAGACAACUGAAACUGUUUGGCUUAUAUUUUGACGUGUACCCAUCUAACAAAAAUAUGUUCUUAGAAUGUUUAAGUUAUGAAAACGUUAUUUCUGAAUGUUCUCAGAACGUUCACAACAUCCAGUUUUUUAAAUGUUUAAAAAAUGAUUUUGUGAACAUUAGAGAAAACAUGGGAAUAUGGGAAUGUUUAAUGGGAACUAGAGGGAAAAAGGGGGGGGAGUAGUAAGCAGUAAAUGUUUAAAGAACCUUAGACUAACGUCCAGCUAAAAUGUUUCAGAAAAAUGUUCCAUGAAUGAUGUAUAAAUAACAUUUUUGUGCUAAUGUUUUGAUAAUGUUAUUAAAGACUAGAUAACUUUGAAUGAACGUUCUAUUAACGUUACUGGAAGAACGUUCCUGUUAUAUAUGUUUCCUUUUUCCUCCCUUUGGGAAGAAAAGUAAAUAGAAAUGUAUAAAAAACGAAAUCUAAGUGAGAAUUAAUGGCAAUUAGAUGGUGUUUACAAAAAUUUUUCUUUGGGUAUCAAUUAUUGGUGAAAUAUUUAAUAAUAAUAAUAUUAUUAUUCUUAUUUUAAAACAACUUUAUUGAAAGGUUAGAUUUUUCUUCAUCUUUUCAGCAUAACAAACAUUAGCUAAAAGUAUAUUUUUCAUUGCCUUUUUGUUCACCAUUACAGGUGAUGCCAAUAAUCAUGGUCUGCACCAUACAUAUAUAUAUAUAUAUAUAUAUAUAUAUAUAUAUAUAUAUUGUAUUAUAUAUAUAUAUAUAUAUAUAUAAACAACACAGUCUGUGUCAUUUCUCUUUUUUUCUCAAUAAUAAGAUUAGAUGCCAAAUAAUUUUAUAGGCACUCAACAGAUGCCUGGUAAAAAUGUUUGCCUCUCUUAAGCUUGAUGAAGACACGAAGCCACUGAACACUGUGAUCAGACUGUCCUUCAGCAGAACAGAUCUGACUUCAUACACACACACACACACACACACACACACACACACACACACACACACACACACACACACACACACACACACACACACACUGAACUAUAAUGUGGAUUAUCUGGAUUUGCACUUAAGUUAUCCUUCUCCAGCAAUUCAACCACUCGUAUCGUUCUUCAGGAGGUUUUUUGUAACAACUGCCAGUCCAGUUGUAGAGCUGUCGGAUUCAUGCACAACUCAUUACUAUAUCUUAUUAUGCAAACAGUGAUUGGUUGGCCGUCAUCUCUACUGACGCCCUCAUUAUCAGAUCUAACAUCGACUACAGUCCUUUUAUGGGUGGUGGUUGUUAACAAAACCCUUCAAGGCUUAUAUUUAGAUUGACUUUAUAUUGAAUUAGCAAAGUCAUGCAAUUUUAACUCGCACAAACAAUCUCAUUUCAGUUCAGAUGUUUACUCUUCAUUUUAUGUUCUGAGUACAGCAUAAAUAUUUAUCCUGAAAUGAUCCUGUGAUGAAAAUCUUAAAAACCUCAAAUUCAAGCAUCUCAGAUGUAUGCAAAUAAAAAUAAGAUUCUGUUAAUAUCAUAAAAGCACAAUACCAAAUAUAGGCCAUUUAUUGUAGCAUUGUAUUUUAUGCCUUAGCAUUGUUAUUCAGUCAUUGUUAUCUCUUGUGUAACACAUUGAUAUUUUCAAGCAUCACUUUAAACUUUUAUGAUCUCAAAUUAUUAAUAAAAUCAUUUAAAGUAAGGGUGCACUGAUAAAGGAAACUAUAAAUGCAUGUCUUCCAUAAAAAAUAUCAUUUUACUAAUUGUUUAUUUAUUUUUUUAUUAAUCUGAUUUUUUUAUGUUACUCGCUGGGAAAAUUACUUCCCAACCAUGCAGUAAAAGUCUAAUUUGUUAUACUAGUAGAUCUUUGUUCAUAUUCUGUGUGCUAGUGUUUCAGAUGUUGUCAUUUAUAUGGUUUGGGUUUUCUAGCCAACUUUGAAGAAUUUAGAAAUUCUAGGCAACAAAACAAAUCCACUCAGUCCGCUGGUCCUCCUCCCUCGAGUCCCUCCCUGAACAAAACCCAAAGCGCACAGAUCACAGUGAAUCAGACGGGCCGGUCCGUUCCAGUAUGGCAGCAAGGAUACGUCAAAUUAGCAAUGCAGUUGUUUGAUGUCUAAGCAAUGGUUUAAAACAACCUCGAGCAAAAAUGUGAACUGCUGCGAAAUGAGAGAAUAUUUAUACUCCUAUUUACUACAGAAUGAUUUGAAAUCAAUAUAAACGCAAUAGCAUAUUACUUAUGAAAAGGAAUGCAAAAUGCACACUUGCACAGAAAAGAUGUUUUUAAUACAUCUUUUAAUACAUAUAUAUAUAAUUAUAUUUAAUUAGAAUGCUUUGCACUUGCAAAUGGGAAUUUAUGACCUGCUAUUUGGGAAUAUGGGAAUACUUUAAUGUCAUGGAUGUACUUAUAGCAUCUUAGCAAACAAGACUUCAGGGGGUUGCCUGUGGGAAUAUUGAAGCAUUGUGCUUCUUUAAAGUUUCGUUCAUUUUAUUUAUGUAUUUAUUUUUAUUGCUACUAUAGGUCUUUGAAUCAGACAAGGUUUUAAAUGUCUAUAUAAAUAUAUAGAAAUAUUCAACCCUGUACACCAGCUGAAGAUACAUUUACAGAAUUAAUAAAGAAAUAAAAACUG